AUGCACCUCCCGUCCCCGCACGAGGUGGAGUCGCCGGCGCGCGGGGACGUCGGCCGGGGAGGCGGCUCGCCGCCCAUGGAGGCGGCGGCUCGCGAGACAGCGCCCGACUUCUUCGCCGGCCUGCACGAGGCGCUGCAGGAGUACCACGGCGAGCUGGUGCAGACGGGCAGCCCCGCCGUGCUGUGCUCGGCGCUGCCCACGCACUGGCGCUCCAACAAGUCGCUGCCCGUGGCCUUCAAGGUCGUGGCGCUGGACGACAUCCUGGACGGCACGCUGGUCACCGUCAAGGCCGGCAACGACGAGAACUACUGCGGCGAGCUGCGCAACUGCACGGCCGUCAUGAAGAACCAGGUGGCCAAGUUCAACGACCUGCGCUUCGUCGGCCGCUCCGGCAGGGGCAAGAGCUUCUCGCUGACCAUCGUGAUCAGCUCGAGCCCGCACCAGGUGGCCACCUACAACAAGGCCAUCAAGGUCACCGUCGACGGUCCCCGGGAGCCGCGCACCAAGUCCAACUUCCACUACCUGCCGGGGCAGCACCCGGGGUUCGGCCCGUUCGCCGUGUUCCCGGCCGCGCAGUGGCUGGACUCUGCCUACAUGGCGGCCUACCAGUGGCCCGAGUACUUCCGCCGCCCGGAGCUGUGCAAGCUGUCGCCGCCCGCCUGCUCGUCCGUCGUCAAGGGCGUGUCGCCUCUGCUGGCCUCGCCCAUGGACUUCUACAUGCACCACCACGCCAGCGCCGCCGCCCUGGGUCCGGCCGGCGCCUUCCCGCCCUCGGCGCUGCCGCCCCCGGCCUACCUGCCCACCCUGCUCGGCUACCCGCCGCCCCCGCCGCCCCCCGCCGCCGGCGACAAGCCGCCGCCGCCCUGCCCGCCGCUCGCCGCCGCCCCCUCCAGCGACGACGGCGGCGGCAGCGAGUCGGAGGACGCCGCCUCCGGGGGCGACGCCGUGGUGCGCUCCGCCUUCCAGCAGGUGCGGCCGUCGGCCAAGCCGGAGGCGGCGGCGGGGGUCGUUGCGACGUCGACGCCGCCCCCGGAGGCGGGCGCCGGGAGGACGUCGUCGCCGGGGGCCGUCACGAUACUGGCGUCGGCCCGCCCCGGAGCGCUGCCCGCCAGCAAGAGCGUCUGGAGGCCGUACUAG